AUGCUAAAUGGUGAAAUUGAGAAGCUUAGUGUGAAGAAUAAAGUUAGCUUUGGUUUUGAUGAUGAUGAUGAUGAAAAUAGCUGUAGUAGUAUAACGGUUGAAACGGGCAUUUGUACAGCGUGUAAUGAUGAGGAAUAUAUUCAUCAACGUGGAAAAUCGGGAAAACAAAAACGGCACGACCAUGAUGAUGAGGGGUGUUAUCAUAAUUUGCUAGAUAAACUUGAAAAAGUUUGUGCCUGCACGCUGCGAACCGAUAAUGAGUUUGCAUGUCUUUGUUGCGAUGAGCCCUAUGAUUUUUCGUACAUGUUUGAACAGCCGGACCAACAGCAACAGCCGGAGCAACAGCUGGAGCAGGAACAAGACGAUGGAUACACAGAAAUGAUGAAACAACAUGAUGAAAUGUACGCAGAAAUGAUGCGUAGUUUAAACGAUAUUAUUGAUGAAGAUGAAUAA